GCACCCUGUACUGCGCAUGUUGCAUGACAGGUGCCGAGCCUCCAUCUUGGGCUUCUGGAGCCGAGGAAAAUACAAUACAGCCACACAAAUAACAACAACAGCAACCACAACAGCAACAAGCCUCGCAGCCAUGAUGUCGCUGUGCCGCGAUGUGACUCUGCUCUGAAGAGACAAAGCAGGAAGCUUCGACGCGGCGAGGAGGGAGCAAGGAAGGAAGGAAGGAGGGAGGAGGAGGAUGGAAAGGUCCGGAAGGCGCCGUUAACGACGAUUAGCACAGCUAGCUUUCACCGGGGGAGUUUCUUGAACAUCUGACAGGCUCCACUCGCUCCAGGAUGGGCGUCAAGAAGCUUGUCGUCUUCCUGCUGGUCCUCUGCGUCUGCAUCCAGGGAGCGUCUGCCAAAGAAAAGGGAACCAAGAAGGGGAAAAAGAAAGGGAAGCAGGUUUAUUGCCCAUCGCAGCUGUCAUCCGAGGAUCUGGCCCGAGUCCCUGCCAAUUCCACCAGUAACAUCUUGAACAGGUUACUGAUCAGCUAUGAUCCCAGAAUACGACCCAACUUCAAAGGAAUACCAGUGGAAGACCGGGUGAACAUUUUCAUCAACAGCUUUGGUUCCAUCCAGGAGACGACCAUGGACUACAGAGUCAACAUCUUCCUGCGACAGCGCUGGAAUGACCCCAGGCUCAAGCUGCCACAGGACUUCAAGUCCGACUCGCUCACUGUCGACCCCAAGAUGUUCAAGUGUCUCUGGAAGCCCGACCUGUUCUUCGCCAACGAAAAGAGCGCCAACUUCCACGAUGUCACGCAGGAGAACAUUCUCCUCUUCAUCUUCCGGAACGGCGACGUGCUCAUCAGUAUGAGGUUGUCUGUCACCCUCUCUUGUCCACUGGACCUGACGUUGUUCCCCAUGGACACCCAGAGGUGCAAAAUGCAACUUGAAAGCUUCGGCUACACCACAGACGACUUGCAGUUCAUGUGGCAGACGGGAGAUCCCGUACAGAUGGACGCCAUCGCUCUGCCCCAGUUUGACAUCCGACAAGAAGACAUCGAUUACGGCAACUGCACCAAAUUCUACGCAGGAACAGGCUACUACACUUGCGUGGAGGUUAUCUUCACCCUGAGGCGACAGGUCGGCUUCUACAUGAUGGGCGUCUACGCGCCCACACUCCUCAUCGUAGUCCUCUCCUGGCUGUCCUUCUGGAUCAACCCUGACGCCAGCGCUGCCAGAGUCCCUUUGGGCAUCCUGUCCGUGCUCUCGCUGUCCUCUGAGUGCACCUCGCUGGCGUCGGAGCUGCCCAAGGUCUCCUACGUGAAGGCCAUUGACAUCUGGCUCAUCGCCUGCCUGCUGUUUGGCUUUGCCUCGCUAGUGGAGUACGCCGUGGUCCAAGUGAUGCUCAACAGCCCCAAGCGCAUCGAGGCUGAGAAGGCCAAGAUAGCGUCCAAGGAGAAGGCCAUGGGAAAGAGCGCCACUGCUGCUGCCACCACCGUCACCACCACCACCACCACCACCACCACCGCUACCGCCAGGAACAAUACAGUCAAUGGGACCGGAGGGACGCCACUCCAUGUCAGCACCUUGCAUGUGGCCGAGACACGCUGCAAGAAGGUGUGCACCUCCAAGUCGGACCUGCGCACCAACGACUUCAGCAUCGUGGGCUCGCUCCCGCGGGACUUUGAGCUGUCGAACUUUGACUGCUACGGGAAGCCCAUCGAGACAAGCGGCGGCGCGGGAAAAUCACAAGCCAAGAACAACAAGAAACCCCCUCCCCCGAAACCUGUCAUCCCGUCGGCCGCCAAGAGGGUCGACUUGUACGCGCGAGCUCUCUUCCCCUUCUCCUUUCUCUUCUUCAACGUCAUCUACUGGUCUAUUUACUUGUGAUCGUCUUUAUUCCCUCAGUCACACCCCCCCCCCCACCACCAGCCCCAAAAAUCGGUGCUUCCUUGAACUAAUCUCCAGCGUGUUAAUCUUUCCCGUACAAAAUGACUGCUGAGAUGAAGCUAAACCUGCUAUACGAAUAUAUAUCUUUACAUAUCUAAAUGUUAAUUAUCAUCAUUUGUGCGUUAGAUGACCAGUCAGCCUUUCUUUCCUGCCAAUGAAUAUCUUGACUGCACCUGAGAUGAUGGAUGGCGUGUAAACAAAUCAGGAAAGAGAGACUAUUUACUUAAGAGCUUUGUGAGAUGCACAGAUCUAUAAAAGAGAAUAUGUAAAUAGCUAUUUAUGAUUAGAUGAUUUAUUUGCCCACCUGUUUCAUGAGUUGCAAAGGUGGAACUGGAAGUUGGCUUUACUUUGCAUGUUUCAACAAGAGAACACACGCAUGUGUAAGAUUAUAGAAGUAGACAUUAGAAACAUUGAUUUUGGGUUCUUCCUUCAUGAUUUGCUCUCGAGAUGCUCGGCGACCUCGGACAGUCAUGUGACAAGGCCACCGCUGCCCCAUCCCCCCUGUAAAAGCGGAUCCCCGAGCGCGAUUGUGAGAUAUUUGCAAGCAAAGAUCAAUAAAAGAUGACUUUUCACCAUGUGAGCCAAA